AUGAGCGCGAUACUUCGCGUUAUCGGUCCUCUGGGGCCUUCUAGACACAUGUCCAGAUUCACGUUGAAUCGCUGUAUGUGUUUGCCUUUGUUUGUACCAGCCAGACUAAUUUCCUCCACCAGCACCAGAUUUCAAGAUGCUCGGCCCCAAGAGCCUCAGUCUCAGUCUCAGAUGCCUAGAAUGUCGUCCGAGGAAUUCCAAAAACUAUAUCAGCAACACAAGCUAAAAAAGCAGAAAGAAAGGACCAGAACGGCUGCAAAUUACUCGAUGUCUCUGGGCUUAAUUUUUCUGGCUCUAGCGUUUGGUUCUGUGCCUCUAUAUAGGGCCAUUUGUCAGAGGACCGGGUGGGGAGGUACUCCGAUGACGGAUGCCUCAAAGAUCACGCCAGAUAAGUUGAUUCCUGUCAACACUAAUAAAAAGAUUCGGGUUUCUUUCACUGCGGAAACAUCUUCAAUGUUGCCUUGGAAAUUCGUUCCUCAACAGCGGGAGGUGUACUUAGUACCAGGCGAGACUGCUCUUGCCUUCUACAAAGCUAAAAAUACCAGUGACAAGGAUAUUAUUGGAAUGGCAACUUACUCGGUGACGCCAGAUCAUGUUGCGCCUUAUUUCAACAAGAUCCAAUGUUUCUGCUUCGAGGAACAGAAGCUGAAUGCUGGAGAGGAGGUGGACAUGCCAUUGUUCUUUUUCAUCGACCCAGACUUUGCAAGUGACCCUGCGAUGAAGAACAUUGACGAUAUCGUACUGCACUAUACGUUUUUCAAGGCGAACUAUGGUGCUGAUGGUGAUACUUUGGUUCCGGUUGUGGCCAAAACGAGUGAGUGA